UAUGAAACACUCUAAUUUCUUUGUAUUAGGUUUGCACAACAUUUGAAUUCUUUUGGAAAAAAAAUGCACAUAUAUCUGUGCUCCACUACGCAUGUGACAUGAAGUUCCUUCUAAUACUAUUGCUAGUACUUAAUUGGUCGCAACCCAUUGGUUUUCAGAUAGGAUAUGAUCUUAUAGAUGCUCAGAGUAUUAAAUUCAACCCACUCCUGUUUUUUACAAACAGUGUAGAUGCUUGGUCAUCGCAAAUCAAUAGCAGCAGAGAAAGUACCUGUCUGCAAAUGUGUGGAAAUCUUGCAUCAAAGUUUAAAAUAAACCCACCAACGCUUCCUCCAUUUUUCUUCAAUGUGCAUUGGCAACAUAAAAACUCUGUUAAUUGCAGCUCUGAGGUGCGCCGCUUAAAACCACUUUGCCACGGCUGGUACAACCUUUUGGAUAUUGUGCAGAUUGGUGGAUUUCAGUAUUUAUUCCCUCUUGACAAGCAGCUGAAGUAUCAUGAUGCGCAAAAGUAUUGCAGAUCAAGAGGUCUUGACUUGGUCACCCUCAAAAAUCAAACUCAUGAGGGUUUCGUAUUUUCGUCUUAUCUUAAGUACUACGCAAACAUAAGUGGUGUUAAUCUGACUGCACAAAGUCGGCUUGUUUUUUGGGAAGGCAGAGCGGAGAAGAUAAGCGAUAGGGUCGCAUCAAUGACUUGCCCCUCUUUUUCAAUAGCAAGCAACCAGAGUGACCUCCGAGGGUUGAUCGCCAGCAGAUCGAGCGAUAAUUGCGGGAGCCUGAACAGAUUUUUCUGCGAAGUGCCCACAGUAUGUUACAGGGACAUCUGCCGUGCAAAUUUCAUUUCAAGAUUUAAGGUGACACCGGCGCCGGCGCCUAACCCUAUGGCUACCACGCCAAAAGUGGCGAUAGCCAAUCAACCUCAAUUUGUUUGCGAGCAGUGCCAUCUGAACCACUCGAUUAUGUUUACUUCGGCCUGUCCAGACCUAGAAUGCCCCGCGUGUCCUUCAAAUACAAUUUUCGAUGGCAAAAGAGGAAGGUUAUGCAACAGGAAGUAUUUCUUUUUCCUUGACACUAAGGUAAAUUUUUAUGAUGCGGCGACUGCUUGCUGUAACAUUGGAAUGCAAGUUGCUUCAAUAAUGACUGACGAUGACGUUGAGUGCGUCAAAGAAUAUUUAUCAGAUGGAAUAUUGCGAUUCACUGGAGACCCGUCCGACACUGGAAAGUGGAUGUGGACUUCAGGCACGGACCAGGGAAAGACUUGCCAGGGCAGAUUUUCCUGGUGCGGAAAUAAUAGAGCGGUCAAUUCUCUUCCAAGAAUGCCAUUCGAUCCUGCAGCCCAGACGGAUUCCGACUGCUUGGCCCUCAACUCGAAGAUAAUCGCCUCAAAUGAAAUUACCUUCUCACUAACCGGGAAAGGCUGUAUAAAUAACAUGGCAGUAUUGUGCGAAUCCAGAGCCGCUCCAGACGCUCCACGCACUACUUCCCUAUCCAGAACGAGCACUUGCAAAAAUUACACAAACAGCUGCCCAAGUAAGGUGGAUAUUUCGGAAAGGGUAGCUAACCAAAAUGAAGUAAACAGGAGAUCAGGCGGAUUCAAAAGUUAUUUCAUGUGCGACGCAUAUUAUGAAGUAAUCAUUGGCACAGCUACGUUUGAUAACGCCGAAAAAAGUUGUGAAGAAAGGAGACUGGAGCUGGCCUCGAUCGAGAGUUACGAGGAACUGAACUGCGUUAGGGAUUUAUUUCAAUACGUCCAUUUUGGAGGUCAACUUGUUCAAACCGAUGGCAUUAAGGAAAUGGAGGCGUCUUCAGAUCGAGCGUGGAUUAAGGCUUCUGACAAGGCGUGUGAAGGAAGAGAAAUUUCUUGGUGCAACAGCCGCAAUUCAAUUAGCACUCAUUUGCUAAAGACAAGCUCAGGCAUCAAUAGAUGCGUUGCCAUAGAUCUAAAGCUAUCUAGGUUCGGUCUUACUACUCUACCAUGUGAGCAGCAGUCAAUGUACCUGUGCAAAGAAAACACUUCGUGCAAAUACCCAAAAUGCCCUGAAUUAAACUGCUCGGCUUUAGUGCAAGUGGAAAAAUCAUCAAAAGCGUGUGGCUCAACGUAUGUAGUUUUUGAUCAACCGAAAUCUAUGAAAGAGGCUAUGGAGACGUGCUGUAAAAUGGGAAUGGGACUUUUGGCAAUCAACUCGGCCGAAGAGUCGGUUUGCCUGAACAAAUUCAUGCGCGCAUCUUUUCCCAAUCUGCCCAAAGUAUGGACCUCGGCAACGGAUUUAGAUUGCAGAGGCAAAUACGCGUGGUGCAGCACAGGAGAAAUGCUGGCUUACGAGGGCUUCAACGCCUUUUUCAACCCUCCGAAUAGCGUCAGUUUUUUGGAAGUUGAGAAUUGCGUGAGCGCCAAUUUCGACACGUCCCAAUCGACACAGUUGGUGCGAGAAUUUUGUGUUGCCAAAUUGGGCUUUGUGUGUGAAUCGGUUGCUCAAAAGUUUGCCGGCGUCGUAUCCGGGCCUGUCUCGCCAUCGCUGAAUCGUCUUUUCAAUACAAUUGUUUUGAAGAAUUGAACACAGAGGACAAAUUACCUUUUAAAUUUAAAUAAUAUUAUGAACU